AUGGAUGAAUUGGCAAGGAAGAGAAAGGAAUCUGCUCAAAAGAAGAUAGAUGAUGAACAAAAGAGGAAGCAUGAGGAAGAAGAAAAACGGAAGAAAUCUUUGGAAGAUAAAAAAUUGGCAGAACAGAAGGCCAAUGAAGAGGCUGAAGCUGCAAGGAAGAAAGCUUUAGAAGAACAAAAGAAAGUUGAUACGGGUGUUAAAAAGUUUGUUUUGGAAGAUGAAAGACCCAAGGAUGUUAAGGAAGAUUUGCCAACACAAUUUGAAAAAUUAGAGAAGACAAAGUUGGAAGAAAUGCCAGCAAAACAACCAAAAGGAGAGGAAGCAAAGACACCCGAAACUAAAAAAGAACCAAUGUUCUUAAUGAAGAAAAAGAUGGAGGAAGAAAAGGAAAAAGCCAAAAAACUGGCAGAAGAAAAAAAAUUAAAGGAAGAUGAAGAGAAGAAAAAGAAGGAAGAUGAAGCUAAAAAGAGGAGAGAUGAAUUAUUGGCUAAGAAGAAGGAUGAGGAAGGAAAGAAAAAAGAAGUAAAAGAAGAGCCUCCAAAGAAACUCGAUGAUUCUAAGAAAGAUGAGGAUGAGAAGAGAAAGAAGGAACGUGAAGAAGCCUUGAAGAAACGACGUGAAGCUGAAGAAAAGGCAAAAGCAGAAGCUGAUGAAGCUAAGGCAAAAAUGGAUGAGUUGGCAAGGAAGAGAAAGGAAUCUGCUCAAAAGAAGAUAGAUGAUGAACAAAACAGGAAGCAGGAGGAAGAACAAAAACGGAAGAAAUCCUUGGAAGAUAAAAAAUUGGCAGAACAGAAGGCCAAUGAAGAGGCUGAAGCUGCAAGGAAGAAAGCUUUAGAAGAACAAAAGAAAGUUGAUACGGGUGUUAAAAAGUUUGUUUUGGAAGAUGAAAGACCCAAGGAUGUUAAGGAAGAUUUGCCAACACAAUUUGAAAAAUUAGAGAAGACAAAGUUGGAAGAAAUGCCAGCAAAACAACCAAAAGGAGAGGAAGCAAAGACACCCGAAACUAAAAAAGAACCAAUGUCCUUAAUGAAGAAAAAGAUGGAGGAAAAAAAGGAAAAAGCCAAAAAACUGGCGGAAGAAAAAAAAUUAAAGGAAGAUGAAGCGAAGAGAAAGAAGGAAGAUGAAGCUAAAAAGAGGAGAGAUGAAUUAUUGGCUAAGAAGAAGGAUGAGGAAGGAAAGAAAAAAGAAGUAAAAGAAGAGCCUCCAAAGAAACUCGAUGAUUCUAAGAAAGAUGAGGAUGAGAAGAGAAAGAAGGAACGUGAAGAAGCCUUGAAGAAACGACGUGAAGCUGAAGAAAAGGCAAAAGCAGAAGCUGAUGAAGCUAAGGCAAAAAUGGAUGAGUUGGCAAGGAAGAGAAAGGAAUCUGCUCAAAAGAAGAUAGAUGAUGAACAAAACAGGAAGCAGGAGGAAGAACAAAAACGGAAGAAAUCAUUGGAAGAUAAAAAAUUGGCAGAACAGAAGGCCAAUGAAGAGGCUGAAGCUGCAAGGAAGAAAGCUUUAGAAGAACAAAAGGAAGUUGAUACGGGUGUUAAAAAGUUUGUUUUGGAAGAUGAAAGACCCAAGGAUGUUAAGGAAGAUUUGCCAACACACUUUGAAAAAUUAGAGAAGACAAAUUUGGAAGAAAUGCCAGCAAAACAACCAAAAGGAGAGGAAGCAAAGACACCCGAAACUAAAAAAGAACCAAUGUCCUUAAUGAAGAAAAAGAUGGAGGAAGAAAAGGAAAAAGCCAAAAAACUGGCGGAAGAGAAGAGAUUAAAGGAAGAUGAAGCGAAGAGAAAGAAGGAAGAUGAAGCUAAAAAGAGGAGAGAUGAAUUAUUGGCUAAGAAGAAGGAUGAGGAAGGAAAGAAAAAAGAAGUAAAAGAAGAGCCUCCAAAGAAACUCGAUGAUUCUAAGAAAGAUGAGGAUGAGAAGAGAAAGAAGGAACGUGAAGAAGCCUUGAAGAAACGACGUGAAGCUGAAGAAAAGGCAAAAGCAGAAGCUGAUGAAGCUAAGGCAAAAAUGGAUGAGUUGGCAAGGAAGAGAAAGGAAUCUGCUCAAAAGAAGAUAGAUGAUGAACAAAACAGGAAGCAGGAGGAAGAACAAAAACGGAAGAAAUCAUUGGAAGAUAAAAAAUUGGCAGAACAGAAGGCCAAUGAAGAGGCUGAAGCUGCAAGGAAGAAAGCUUUAGAAGAACAAAAGGAAGUUGAUACGGGAAGAUUUGCCAACACAAUUUGA